AUCGUAGAUUUUUAUUAAAUGUAAAGUAUAUAGAAUACUGUCUCUGAUGUGCACACCCACGUUCAAUAUCAGCGUACAUAGCGUAACACACGACAUACAUACUCAUCUUUACCGCGACGGCGUAGAAGAGUUACAAUCAGUUGUGUUGUCGCCCAAGAUAUUUGCUUUUGAAGAGGGUGGUGGGUGAGUGGGUGAGUGUAGGUGGUGGAAAGAAAUGGGAAUGCGCACGCCGGCCACUAUACUGAUCAGUACUCGCCUAAACUUGCUGGCAUAUACUCACAAUAUAUAAAUUCAUUAAAUAAAACAACGUAAAAGAGGACAUUAAUUAAUAUCACCUUAAUAUAUACCUCCGUUUUUAAUAAUUAGUAUAGUAUAAAGUUAUAAAAAACUUUGUUAAUUUAUAUCAAUCAAAAUCAAUUAUAAAAAAAUUAAUAAAAACAUAGUAAGAAUUUUACAUUCGAUGGAAUGUAUUUUAUUCAGUUAUACAUGUGAAGAAUAAUUUUCCAAAUGAAAAAUGUCGGAAUUUGAUUGGUGUUAUGUGUGAGUGUUGGUUGGUGUUUCUGGCUGUGUGCUAGGUCACAUAUGAUGCAAAGAGUCUCGGUGGUUUGGGAUCGAUUGAGCAGGCUUUUCUAAUAACGACUAUUUUAUAUACAUAAAAAACUAAAUUUUAAACUAUCAUUUGAUAAAAAAUAUAAUGUUAAAUAUAACAUUGAAAAAUUAUUUAAAUAACGAAUGAAGAGAAAAAAAGAAAAAACUAAUCAACUUAAUAUUGAUGUUGUGAUGCAACGUCAUUCACGUCAUCACCAUCAUCAUCAUCAUCACCAUCACCAUCAUCAUCACCAUAAUCAUCAUACAAAUCGUAGAAGAAUACAUCGUCAACGAUAUAAUCAACGAAGAAUUUGGAAACAAAUAUAUCAUUCAAAAUAUUCUAUAUCAUCUGAAGAAAGUCAAACACCAUUAGAAGAAGAAGAAAAUGAACAUUUAAAUAAACGAAUGAUAAAACAGUGGAAAAAUAACCAUGAUGAUAAUGAUGGUGGUAAUAGCAGUAGUCAUGGUGGUAUUAUUGAUACAAAUGAUAACAAUAAAAUUAAUAAUAAAAUUGAAAAACGACCAAAAGUUAAUCCAAUAUUUCUAUGGACAUUGCAAAAAGAACAAAAAAUCAUUGAGGUACGAUGUGAAGAUUAUGAUAAAAGAAAUAGAAUUAAAUUAACUAAAACAGCUCAUGGAUGGCGUUCAAUACCAAGAACAUUAUCAAAUGGUUACGACAGUUCAUGUUGUCGUGAAUCAAAUGAUAAUUAUUCAACAUCAACGAUUAAUAAUUUAUCAUCAUCUUCAUUAUCCUCAUCAUCAUUAUCAUUAUCAUCAUCUUCAUCUUCAUCAUCAUCGUCAAUGUUAUCAUCAUCUUGUUCAUCGAAUUCAUCAUCAUCGUCAUCUUGUUCAUCAAAUAACAUGAAAUCAACAAUGACAAGUCAAACAUCAUUUAAUGAAAAAAAUGGAUUGACAAGAAAACAAAAUAUUAUAUCUAAAAAUAAUAUAAAAUUGAGUAUAUUGAAUAAUAAUAAUAAUAAUAAUAAUAAUAAUAAUAAUAAUAAUAAUAAUAAUAAUAAUAAUAAUAGUAGUAAUGAUAAUAAUAUUGCAGAAAAUGAUGAUGAUGAUUAUGAUAAUAAUGACAAUGAUAUUGAUGAUGAUGAAAUUCAUGGUAAAAGACAAAAACGUUUUAGACUAAUUGAUAUAAAUAAAGUUAAAAAAGAUAGAUUACUUCAACCAAGAGUUAUGCUUGAACCUCUUAAAUAUUCUCGUCUUAAUUGUAAAGAUAAAUUUGAUAUUGAAGUUAGAAAAUUGAAUGAAGAUAUUGAAAUGAUUGAAGAAGAAAAAGAAAAAGAAAAUGAAAUAGUAAAUGAAAAAAAUAAUAAUACUGAAGAAAAUUUAAAUACAACAAGCAUAAAUGAUAAGAAAAAAAUUGAAAAUGAAGAUGAUGAUCUUGAUGAAAUUGAUGAAGAUGAUAUCAAUGAUAAAGAAUUAAAUGAUGAAUUAUUAGAUGAUGAAUGUGCCACAGUUUUUGAAUAUGAAGAUCGUGAUUCUGAUGAUAUGAUUGAUGAUAAUAUAAUCAAAAAUGAUAAUAUAAACAAUUUCAUAAACCAAAAAUCAAAUGUUGUGAUUAAAGAAGAAAUAACAAUUGAAGAUGAUAUUAAUGAUAAUAAUGAUGAUGAUAAUGAUAAUUUUAUAAAUAAUGAUAUUCCGGGUUUAAGACCAAUUGAUAAUCAAAAUUUUGUAUAUGCUGAUGAUCAGGAUGAUGAUGAUGAUGAUGUUAAUAAUAAAAUAAUAGAAGAUGUUAAAUGUAAAAAUUUGGAUAGACUAUUACCAAGUCCACCAUGUACAGUGACAUGCUCAGAUGAUGCAUUACAAUUAACAAAUUCACCAUCAUCAUCAAUGUCACUAUUAUCACCACAAACAGUAAAACGUAAAAAACGUUCAGCACCAGGUUUAAUUGAUAUAAAAUCAGGUGUAUUUCGUGGUCCUGAAAUGGAACAUCCAGCAAUACAAUUAAGAGAAUUAAUUAAUAAUUCAAAUUAUACAAUACCAGAUCCACUUUUAGUACCAAGAUAUAAAUUACCAUCAUUAGUUGCAUUUCCAUCAAUUGAAAUACCAAGAUUAUUAAUAACAAGACCAGAAUUAAGACUACCUGAUGCUCUUAGUAAACCAGAACUUUUAACUGAUCCAGAUUUACUUGUUAUAACAUUAUCACAUUUACAAAAAAUUCUUGAUGAACAAUUUUUUAUAAUAUUUAAUAAAAAAAUUAUCAAAAAAGAUUUUAAUAAUUAUGAAAUUCAAGAACCGAAUUGUGUAACUUGUAAUGUUAAUGAAUAA